GGCUGCUGAGAGAGACUGGGCGGAGAUCACAGAAAUCUUAGAUGGUUUCGAGUGAUUAAUAUCGAUGGCAUCUACAUUUUAGCUCCAGACCUGAUCCUGACCUGGAGCGUUUCUGAGAGAGGACGCAGACAUGUGGCUGUUUCUUCUGCUCAUAGUGCUAGUAGGAGCGUAUUUCAUCUUCUACAGGACCUACGUGCACAGAAAGACCUUCACUAGUCCAGUGACUCUCUACGAGAAGACGGUGAUAGUCACAGGCAGUAAUACUGGCAUUGGCAAGGCUACAGCUUUGGCUUUGGCACUAAGGGGCGCGAGAGUGAUCGUGGCCUGCAGAAGCAAGCAGAGGGGAGAGGAUGCAGUGCGAGACAUCAGGAGGGAAAGUGGGAAUGAUGAGGUGGUUUUCAUGCCUCUGGAUCUGGCCAGUAUGAAGUCCAUCCGCUCUUUCGCUGAGACCUUUCUAAAAUUUGAGAGCAGACUUGACCUGCUCAUCAACAAUGCAGGACUUGCUGCACCAGGGCGCACGGAGGAUGGCCUUGGCCUAGUCUUUGGUGUCAAUCACAUCGGUCCAUUCCUGUUGACCAAUUUGCUUUUGGACCGUUUAAAGGAAUGCGCCCCAAGCCGAGUGAUCAAUGUUUCUUCCCAUGGCCAUGACGUAGGAACCAUUGAUUUCAAUUGCAUCAGUACACACAAAAGGCUGGGAAUGGGCUCGUCUGACAUGGACAUAUUCAAAAUGUACUGCCACAGCAAGCUGUGCAAUGUGCUCUUCACACAUGAGCUGGCCAAGAGACUGAAGGGAAUGAAUGUGACCUGCUACAGCCUACACCCAGGAUCAGUGAGGUCAGAGAUUGCUCGGGACAUGAAUUCCUGGUACAUGAUGAUUCUGAAGCACCUCAUGCAGAUGUUCUUCCAGACGGAUGCCAUGUCAGGCUCUCAGACCACGCUGUACUGCGCUCUGCAGGAGGGCAUCGAGCCCCUGAGUGGUCGCUACUUCUCAGACUGCGAAGUCCGAGAAGUAAAGCCAGAGGCCAGAGACGACGAGAUUGCCAGGAAACUGUGGGAUGUCAGUGAGAGGCUCUGCGGCAUGGCCUGAGCUGUUUUUACUUGUUUAUAUAAAAAAUAUGAUGCUAAUGUGAUUAAUGGAAAUGGGUUAACUUAUGUCCAUACUGGAAAAAAAGCUUUGUUCCAGACACUGUAGAUAUCUAAAUUGGGUAACAACGUGCAAGUAUUGUCAUGUACUGAUACUAUGUAUGGAAAAAACAUUUUGUAACCCAUGUAAUCAAUAAACAAUGGCAUUAAUGCUAA